AUGCCACCGGCCACUGCAUCAUCACGGCCAAUACUUGUCGUGGCGCAAGCCGUCUCUGGCAUCUCUAGGAGAAGACUCCAGUUUUUUCAUCCUCUGCAACGGCAAACGCCGCCGCUGCAGCAGCACGCCUACAUUUCGGCGCGGCACAUUUGCACUUCGCCAGCGACAGCGCCGACUGCUUCUUUACCGGCCGUCGCGGACUGUAAUAGUCCCAGAAUCACAACACGGGAGCCGCUGUCCAGUGGUGAUGAAAAGCACAGUACCACUGUCAACAUCAUGAGCCCCCGAGACUUUUAUGGCGGGCGCGCAAAUGCGCAGCAGCCGCCGCCGCCACCAUUUAACCCGUUCGCUGGAGUCUUUGCGCCCACAAUGAUGAUGCCGAUGCAGGCGCCUACAUUUACUCCGUGGUCGUCGCAGCCACCGUACAGUGGACAGGACUACAAUCACCACCAAAACCAUCAUUGGCAAGGGCACCAGGGCCAAGGGCAGGCGCAGGCCGAUGAGGUCGUCGCAUUAGACGCGGCAGAGGACAGUGAUUCGUCGCCCAGCGUGGGAGGAGAGCCGACGCCCCAGUCGACGCCUCAUCAAACGCAGACAACUGGGAUACCCAUUCUCGAUGGAUCAUCAUCUGCCAAGAAGCCGCAUAAAAAGAAGCAAAAGAAGCUGCAGCAGCGACAGCAACAACAACAACAACAGCAGCAGCAGCAGGCCGAGGCAACCACGGCCACGACGAGACCAGCCAAGAAGCGACCCUACGCCAAACCCACUGCAGGAUCCGGCGGCGUGCCCAACCCGAGCACGGCCUACAUUGCACAGUCGGCGCGGCCUCCGUCGACUCUGGCAGUGCCGCGGCGGAUCCUGGUCAUCAUUGACCUCAACGGCACGCUGCUGCACCGGCCCAACUCGAAAAAGUCGUCGACCUUUGUGGAGCGGCCGUUUACCCGGACCUUUCUGCAGUACUGCCUGCAGACCUUUGUCGUGGCCAUCUGGUCGUCGGCCAAGCCCGAAAACGUGGGCAAGAUGGUGCCGCAGAUCCUGUCGCCGGCCGACCAGGAGCGCCUCGUCGCCGUCUGGGGCCGCGACACCCUGGGCCUCAGCGCCGACGACUACAACCAGCGCGUGCAGUGCUACAAGCGCCUGGAGCGCUUCUGGGGCGACGAGUCCGUCGCCACCAGCCACCCCGAGGCGCACCUGGGCCGGCGCUGGGACCAGACCAACACCGUGCUCAUUGACGACUCCAAAGAAAAGGCGCGCUCGCAGCCGUACAAUAUCAUCCAGCUGCCCGAGUUUGAGGGCGACAUUGAGGAGGGCGGCUACGUGCUGCCCCAGGUUCAUAAUUACCUCAAUGAGCUGGCUUUUCAGCGCGAUAUUAGUUCCUUUAUUCGCGAGAAGCCGUUCAAGUUUGACCCUUCCUUUACACUAGCUGCAGCCUAG